GAUUAAACCAAACACGGCAUUGUUGUUUAUCAAUGUUUUUCUUGAACAAUAUUUCUCCCAGGAAAUAUGUGAAAAUGAACUAGGUUUAAGUGCCAAGUCGGUUGUGCAGUGGAAAACCUUUUGCAGUGAGGUGUGCAUGUACUGGAUGGAGAACCAGGAGCCAAUUGGUGGACCAAACACAGUUGUUGAGAUCGACAAGACUACAUUUGGCAAGAGGAAAGUCUAUCACGGGGUCCAGGUGAGGUGCGGCCUCUCGGUGUUUGGCGGCAUCGAGCGUGGGUCGGGCCGCAUGUUCAUUGUACCGGUGGAAGAGAUAGACUCUGACACCCUAGCUCCUCUGUGCCAGACAUUCAUCUCCGGGCACCACCGUCUACAGUGAGCGCUCCAUAGCUCGUCGACUUAGAGUCCUUGGGUUUGGCCACCAGACAGUUAACCACAGGCAAGGCUUGCAAGACCCCAUUACUGGCGUCCACACGGACAACAUUAAACGGCUGUGGAAGGACAUAAAAUCGUGGGUCAUGAGGAACGGCAUCAGAAACUACAAGUACUACCUCGCUCGCUACCUCUUCUGCCACGCUCACCAAGACCACACCACAAUCAUUCACCACUUCC